AUGUCUCCCAGGAACUCGGGCGACGUCGAAGCCACCGACCUGGACAAGUCCUACGCCGACAACAUCGAGGUCGUCGCCAAUUCCGACAAGCCCAAUCCCCGGAAAGAGGCUCCGGCCUAUGUCGCCAGCCUGACCCCGGAAGAGCGCGAGAAGGCCGAAAAGGCCCUCGUCCGCAAGAUCGAUCUCCGUCUGCUGCCCAUGCUGAUUAUCAUGUAUAUUCUCAACUACCUGGACCGCAACAACAUUGUCAGUACCUGUGCUCUCCGUGUGCCCUUGGCUGCGGCUCGUCUUGCUGGUCUGGAAGAUGAUCUGGGUCUGGUGAAGAACCAGUACCAGACCUGCGUUAGUAUCUUGUUCGUUGGUUAUCUCUUGAUGCAGAUUCCCUCCAACUUGAUCCUCAACAAGUUCGGCAAGCCUGCCAUCUACCUUCCCACGUCCAUGAUGCUCUGGGGUGUCAUCUCGACCUGUACAGCCGGCGCCCAGAACUUUGCCGGUCUCGUGGUAAUCCGGUUCUUCCUGGGUUUCGUCGAAGCCGCCUACUUUCCCGGCUGCUUGUACUUCCUGUCUGCCUGGUACACCCGCAAGGAACUGGGUUUCCGUACCGCCGCCCUCUACUCUGGCUCCCUGAUCUCGGGCGCUUUCUCUGGUCUAAUCGCCGCGGGAAUCACCGGCGGCAUGGAAGGUGUCAAGGGACUCCGCGCAUGGCGCUGGCUGUUUAUCAUUGAAGGUGCCAUCACCAUCGCCAUCGCCUUCAUGUCGAUCUUCAUCCUGCCUAACUUCCCACGGACCACCAGCUGGCUCUCUGACGAGGAAAAGGAGCUGGCGGCGUGGCGUCUUGAAGAAGAUAUCGGUGAAGACGACUGGGUUGACAGCGAGCAGCAGUCGUUUAUGUAUGGGGCCAAGCUUGCCUUUAGCGACGUGAAGACAUGGAUUCUGAUGCUCAUGAUCCUCUGCAUCGUCUCCUCCGCCUCCGUCACAAACUUCUUCCCCACCGUUGUCGAAACCCUCAACUACCCCAAGAUCCAAACCCUCUGCCUAACCGCCCCGCCCUACUGCCUCGCCGUGAUCUGCGCCUUCGCCAACGCCUGGCACUCCGACCGCACGGGCGAGCGCUACUUCCACGUCACCCUGCCGCUGUACGUCUCCGUCGCCUCGUUCAUCCUGGCCGCCGCCACCACGGGCACCGCGCCCCGCUACGUCGCCAUGAUGCUCAUGGUGCCGUCCCUGUACACGGGCUAUGUCGUGGCUCUCGGCUGGAUCUCGAAUACCCUGCCUCGUCCGGCGUCGAAGCGUGCUGCUGCGCUGGCGGCUAUUAAUUGUGUGAGCAAUGCCAGCAGUAUUUAUGCGAGUUAUAUGUAUCCCGAUAGUGAUCAGCCGCGGUUUGUUCCCGCUAUGUCUGUCAACUGCGCUACCGCCUUCGUCGCCAUUGUGUCUGCCACUAUCCUCCGCUUCAUCCUCGUCCGCCUCAACAAGAAGCUCGACCGCGGCGACGAGGUCGAGGGCGCUGUCCCUGGAGAAGCGAGCCAGCGCGGUUUCCGCUUCUUAGUCUGA